AUGUCCAACAAGUACAAAUCCUUCUACGAGAACGAUGGCAGCGGCCGGGACACCUUCAUCAACUACGCCGGCGCGUACUGGAUGAACCCGCUUCCGGCCGGCACCUUCUUCAAGAGUAGAGUGCACCUGGCACAGCCAGGCGCGCCGACGGAGAACGGAACUUCCCUCAUGAUGGACGACAGUACUCCAUACCCAGGCCGCACCCUGUUCGGCAAAUCACGCUAUGGCACUACCGUUCUCGCAGCAGACCAGGCCGCCGCCCUUGGCACCGCGGACGAUUCGCAAUCUGGCCACUCUGCGGUUAUAGGCAGCACCGCUGGCCCGACCGCAAGCGGCGUGGCAGGGGCGGGAGCCGACGGGCAAAGUUUCGAUGGGGAGGCGACCGCACUCGAGCACAUCUCAUUCGACGUCUCGCACCCGGAGCGGCGUCUGUGGCAACCAGGCCACGCUACCACCGGCCUGGAGGGUACAGGCGGUGGCUCCACCUAUAACGGCAUCAAGGAGCCAUGGGCAGCGCCGAAUGCAAUGGAUAACACGCUGUUGCGGCUGGCGCCUGGGUACGAGUCGACAUGCCACUACCACCUGCGCACUGGCCGUUUCUACACUGAGGACGCCGCGCCGCCGCAUGAGAUGACUCUUCCAGACAAGGGUGUCACGUGGGGCAGGUCCCGCUACUUCUGA